AUGUCUGACAAGAAAGCCGACAAGGAAACCGACAAGCUGAUGGACAGCCUGAAAGGUCUGGUGAUCGGUGCCAGUGGCAACAUCCCUGGGUAUCAGCAUCGCCACAUCAAAAAAAUGGUCGAAAAAUGCGGCGCCACAUUUGCCCAGAUGGACGUCAGUAAAUGCACCCAUCUCGUCACAACGCACACUGGUAUCAGGCAGGGACACAUCAAAGUCGAUCGGGCUAUUGCGUCGGGAGAGUGUCAUAUUGUCAAUGUGGAUUGGCUGCUGAAGAGCAUCGAGAAUCAAAGCCCUGAAGAAGUCCAGCAGUACAAGUUGCUGCAGAGCAAGAAUGCUGUGAAUGCGACUGACUUGACAGGCAAUAAGCGUGCGCGAGAAUCUGACUCUGACGACGAAGAUGUCGGUUCCUUGAAGAAGCCCAAGGAUGAGCGAAAGAUCAGGUUCGCAAAGCUAGCUGCCUUAGUGGAUUCCGAAAUUAUUACCGAUGGAGACAGGACGUUGUCGGUUUGGAUGGACGAUGCUGGGGAAAUCUGGGAUGCGACACUCAUGAACACCGUCACUCAUGUUGAAGGCCAAAAGAGGUCUCAAGCGACUUCUAUUAUCCGACUCCAACUUAUCUUGGAUUCCAACUCAGACAAGUAUUAUGUUUUUCAAGUGCAACGUGAAAUUCCCACUACUCGAGAUGAGCCCUCAAGUACAACGCACGAAGAGUUUUGUGACACCCUGGACGGCGCCAGAUGCGAUUUCGAGGGAAGGUUUCGCAGCCAGAGUGGUCUGUUAUGGAAGGACAGGCACGAAAUUCCAAAAGAUGACAGGUUCGUAUCUCUGGAACUUCAAUACGAAGAGCCUGUUGUUCUCGUUAGCGAGAAAUGCGCAUUCGCUCAAAGCGUUGAGGAUGUUUUGGGCCUCAUAUUUAAAAAGGGUGACUUUGAACGCUUUGUCAACUCGAUGAGCACCUAUGGUCGUAGGAUGGAUCUCGCGGGGCAGUUCAAAGGCCACACUCUUCAGGCUGGGAUUGCAAUUUUGAGAAAGAUUGUGGAACUUUAUGGAAAGAUUGCCAUGAAGUCUUGUGGUCCGCAAGUUGAUAAUUUGUGCAACCUGUAUUCUGUCCUGAUGGUGAAUGGUGCACAAGAUUUUACUUACAAUCAGCCCGGGCUUGCUCCUAUCAUGGGCGAACUGAUGACUCUUGAUUUGGCAAUCAAGCUCCACACUGCCAGUAACAUCUUGAGAAGAAAAAACAGCAGAUUGAACACAUCUAUGACAAUGAGACAGAUAUCCCAUGCGCUCGGUCUGGCAAAGUUGACCCCAGUGGAUCAAACUUCAAAGGAGUAUGUGGAGCUUUGUAAUUAUCUCCAUGGCUCGGCCAGAAAAGCACACGCGAGACAAUUCAAGCAAGUUGUUAGUGUUUUCCGCUUGAAGCGGCCAGGUGAGAUGCAGCGCUUCGCUCGGUGGGAGAAGGAAAACACAUCCGAGAUUGGAGACCGGCGACUCCUUUGGCACGGCUCAUCAACUGUCAAUUUUGCAGGAAUCUUGAGUCAAGGACUACGCCAUGGCGGACUUUGCAGUGCCAAUGGAAAGAGAUUCUGUCCGGGAAUCUAUUUUGCCGACAUGUCGACCAAAUCGCUAGGCUACUGCCAAGGACAAAAGCAGGCAUUGAUGGCGCUGUGCGAAGUCGAGCUGGGCAGGCCAGGUACCGGACUUUCAGUCACCAAUGCAGCGGCUACUGUUCAUUCGAAAUGGCGCGAUGCUGGAUGUAUUCAUGAAGACUUUGUGGGGACUCAAAUUCCGGAUGUGCGGGUUCCGCCUGAGCAAGUGUAUGCCAGCGGGCUUUACCAUCCGGAAUAUGUUGUCCAGGAUCCAGCUCAGGUUCGCCUGCAGUACUUGUUUCGUGUUCAGUUGCAGUGA